AUCUUGUUGUUGUUAUUACCAUUAUGUAUUUGGAAUUUAGCAGUAGNNNNUAGAUUGGAUAAAUGUGAUCAUUAUACUAUUCUAAGGCUACCACAUUAUGCAAGUGAUAAUGAUAUAAAAGCAUCAUUCAGGGAUCUAGCACGAUUAUGGCAUCCUGAUAAGAAUGGUCAUAGGACUAUUGAUGAGAUUAAAAGGUAG